CAGAUAUAGACUUACUCCAAGGCGUGCUCAGACAGCAGCGUCGUCUCCGUUGCGCCUCUGUGAGCCGAGGGACAGCAGAGCAUCAGAGGUUGAUAACAGGCUCCUCACUGACACAGAAAGUCUCAUCGUCAUCGACUGCAGCCGACAGCAUCUGUCCACCGGUCAUGGCCCCUCUCUGUGUGUUGAUGGUGUUGACGGUGGUUGCCACAGCAACGGGGGCCCGCGCACGCAGCGAGGAGAACGAGCUGGACCACGGCUACUGGAACUACAGAGAAGGAGCGGACAGUGUCAACGUGGCCUCGGUGCGCAGCGUGACCAGGGUUUUGGACGCCUGGGGAAAACACAUCUUCAGGGAGAUAAAGACGUUGCUGCACUCUCAGCCCAGCACUCUGCUGCCUGACUACUCCAGGGUGCGCCCUCUGUCCGAGUCUCUCAACGACCUCUUUAAGGAAGUGUCCAUGCUGCGCCACCGUAUCACAGAGCUCUCUCAUCGCCUAGCAACACUAGAGCCCUUCCUCCGUCGCCACGGUUACCGAGGGGAUGAAACGAAAGGGGCAGGAGGUGACAGCAGGCCACAGAGUCUUCACGGGGAGGCCGCCAGCCUCGCCCGGUACGCCCCUGAGAGCACAGUGAGGGGGAGCCGGGUGGUGAGGAGGAGACGGGUGAGGGUCCUCAAGAACAGGGGUGCUGGUUCAGGCUGAGGGACAGAGGACUGGACCGAGGGAGGAAGGGAAGAACACAGAAAGCUAUGCAUAAUGAUGACUGAGGGAGCUGUGGACAGAGACUCAUGUGCAACCCAGAAAUCAUGAGAUGUGACUGUGUGACUUGACAAAGUCAGUAAUACUCUCUAUAUAAGUAUUUAGGGCAUGGCACUUUACUUUUAUCGCCCACAUCAGUCUGCUUUACCCCAAUCGGUUCCAGCAAGAGCCUGCAGCAACUUCUCUAAGGUUGAGUUGUUUUAAAGUGUUCAGAUGUAACAGGUUCUUCAUUCACUAACAUGAUCAAACAAACUAACUACUAAAGUACAGAGAGAACAAGUGACAGCUAAAAGUGUGACAAGAUCAACAUUUAAGGCUGAUCUGGAAGGAAAUUUGUACCUUUCCUGUCCCCUGGUUACUACAAACAUUUCUUUUGUUUUAAUUUUUUUUAAAGAGUUUUACCUUUCAAUAUGUAAUGUAUGUUGUAAUGUUUUACAUUUUUGCAUAAUAAAAAAUGUAAUUAUGGACGUGAUAAUAGGUGGCUACCAUCAAAUA